AAAAAGUGAAAGUGCAAGAACAACAACAACAACAGAAAAAAACGCAGCGAAAACCAAUACCAAUAAGUAGAAUAACAACGGGAACAACAACAAAAGCCAAAGGCACACACACACACACAAAAGCAAGGGUCAUCACAAUGCUGACCCUUUGGACAGCGUUGCUCUGCUGCAUGACGGGCCUAACAUUGUGCUACCAGCGGCAAUCUGUGAAUAACAACAAUCACAAUAAUGCGGAGGCAAAGCCCACACACUUGCCACCAUCGUCGCAUUAUCCGCAUGGCCACAAAUGGAAUGAGCCAUAUUUUGAUCUAACAAUGCCAAGGAAUAUAACAUCGCUUGUGGGCAAAUCCGCAUACUUGGGCUGUCGCGUCAAGCAUCUGGGCAACAAGACGGUGGCCUGGAUACGACAUCGUGAUCUCCAUAUAUUGACUGUGGGCACUUAUACAUAUACAACGGAUCAACGUUUCCAGACCUCAUAUCAUCGUGAUAUCGAUGAGUGGACAUUGCAAAUCAAAUGGGCCCAACAACGUGAUGCCGGAGUCUAUGAAUGUCAAAUAUCGACACAGCCCGUGCGCAGUUAUUCGGUUAACUUGAAUAUUGUGGAUCUUAUCGAUGCGGAGACAAGCAGCACAAUGCAGCAAUAUUAUAAUGACGAUGCCUUCUAUAUAGCCGCCGAUAGGGUCUAUCAGUCCAGCGAUGAUGAGUUUGCGGGCAUGUUUGGUCCGAUACAAACGGUUGCCGUGCCCACAGCCACAAUUCUAGGCGGACCCGAUCUCUAUGUGGACAAAGGCAGUACCAUAAAUCUUACAUGCAUCAUCAAAUUUAGUCCGGAGCCACCUACCCAUAUCUUUUGGUAUCAUCAGGAUAAGGUACUCAGCGAAGAGACUUCGGGUGGACGUUUGAAGUUUAAGACCAUUAAAUCGGAGGAAACCAAAUCCAUUUUACUUAUUUACGAUGCGGAUUUAUUGCACUCAGGCAAAUAUUCAUGCUAUCCAUCGAACACAGAGAUAGCCAGCAUACGCGUUCAUGUACUACAGGGCGAACGACCCGAGGCUAUGCAAACGAAUGCUGCUCCCGCUGCUGUCGCCUUGGCCUGUUGGUCCUGUCACAUGGGCCAGGCUACGCAGGCAGUCAAAGUAAUUAGCACAAUGGUUGCGGCAUUUGUAUUGUUGGAGGCCUGCUCAACACUGCUGCUCCAGGGUGGCCAAACAGGGCCAGAAACUGCUGGAGGUGGAGGAGACGGCGGCGGUAGAGAUGGAGGUGGUGGCCAAAUAUCAGGUCAUAGUAGAAGCCAGACUACUAAAGGGGCUUGUACUGCUGACCAGAAUGAGCAAGCGCAAGAGGAGAUAACAUUGUUGCCCGGCUGGCAUGUCAAUACAAGUGGGAAGAAUACACGGUGAUAAAUUAAUGUUGCACAGUUGGAAGCGCGACAAAAAACGCCACCGCCAAUGCGCAGCAGCCAAAGCAUCUAAGUGAGUGGAAAAUGAAGGCAAACUGCAACAGCAACGCCGGCAACAGCCACAGCAACAGCAACAACAACAACAGCAACGGCAAAAAGAGGGAGAGCGUUUCUGGCAUGUAAUACCUUAAAAAACUAGCUAAUUAUGCUAAUGAUAAGUUGUUGCUAUCUACCAUUGCUGCAACUUUUCCUGGUCUUUGGUCCCUGGUCCCUGGUCCCUGGUCCUGUUUCUGCUCUUGUUGCUCCUGCUGCUGUUGUUGCUGCUUUUGCUGUCAUUUUUAGUAUACUCCCUAAGUUGUAGGUAAGUGCGUGUGUAAUUAAGUGGGUUGGGAUUAGUUAGUUGAGCAGCAUUUCUAGUUUUUUUUUUUGGGGUGGGGGGCAAUCAAAAUGAGA